UUGUUCUGUGUAUUGUUUUGACAAGUUUAAAUUCUGAAGGACGUCUCAAAUCUCAAACCGUUUUAUUCAAAUAAGUGUUUUUCAGGCGUUUUACAGGUUCGAAUUGCUAUAUCGUACUAUAAGCUAGAGUCCACAAUGUUUUCAGAGGAGGAUACAGUAAUAGAGCAGAUCAGGCUCAAUUUUCCAGGCUUCACUAUAACGAAAGAUGCAUUGCUACGUCCCACGCCAGACGGGGUAAAAAGAUUCUACAGGAGGUUUUUGGAUGAGUAUCUCGAGCAGACAGUCCUGGCAUCCGCAAUCACGGAUAGUAAUAUCUCGGUAAUCCCGGAAGAUGCUGAGGAAGAGGUUCUGUUUAGUGAGAUUUCAAAAAUCGUAUCUAACCAUAUCAAAUUCAUGCUACGAGAUAUCUAUCAGCCUUCACAUGUGCGGACUGUGAAAUUUUUUAUGGUUUGCACCCACAUACUGUCGUUUCUAAAAUCUAUGGCGGAACAAUUCAAGCAGUUAAACGAUAAUGCCGUCGAAAUGAAAAUCGAAACUAUUCACUACGUAAAGGAACAUGAAAAUAUAUUGAACUUGGUCUCCGACAAUGCUAAGAAAAUUACACUGCAGGAAGAGUCAAAAGCUGCAUUGCAAAUAGAGCUGAAAGAGAAAAAGGCAGCUUUGGAACAAGUAGAGGAAAAGAGACGCAUCGCCGUCCAAGACUGCUUGGAAACUAGGAAAAUUAUAGAGCAAACGAAAAGUCGCAUGACUAAUGACCAGUUCGAGAUAGACAGAUUAGAGAAGUUACAUCAGAAACUGCAAUCGAUGUAUGUUAGCGAGGGUGAAUACCACUCCAUUAAGCACCAAAUAAAUACGCUGGAGGAGAAGUUAAGAGCCAUAGAAGAAGAGGAAAAUGAGCUUCCAGACAUGUUGUCUGUGGAGGAAGAUGAACUAGAAAACCAUCGCAAAUGCAAACGAAAAAUACCCGAACCGGAGAGUUUUGUUGAACAGGUUACACAUUUGAUGCAAAUUAAAGAUGAGCUCAAGAACGUUCUGGAAGAGGUUGAAAGCCUGAAAAAGCAAUUGCAGUUAGUUCAGAUCCAGUGUGACUGGGACAACAACAGUUUGGUAGGCAUAUGUACAAAAUGCCAGUCGCUAAAAAAGGAGUGCGAAGCGAUGACGAAGUUAUGUUGCCAAAGCGAACAGAAUCUGUUGAAGUCAAUCGAGAAGAUGCAGAAAAGUGUUAGUGGCAAGGAACGCGAUUUGCAGAGUAAUAUCGCUCAAUUGACUGAAGAAACUCUAACUAGAGAGACAGAUAUCAAAAAAAUGUUGGAAUUCAGCAAGGAGGCAUCUGUGAAAAUUGGGAUGGCAGAGCAGCACGUCUGUACCAGGUUUUUCGAAAUGCUCGUACGGAUUUCCGACGAGCUUAGGAGGCUCACAAACACUGCUCGAUCGGGGGGUUCUUGAGGAAACCUGGAUGUGUAUUAUUAUUACCUUAUUAAUUUCCUAAUGUAUUUCACUAUUAAAGCAAAUAAAUCGUUUAAACUAU